UCGUAAAGCAUAUUGCGAACUUACCGGGACCGUCACAACGUCGUUCACCGAUGCAACUGACAGAAAUAUCUCGCUACGACGGAUCGCUCUUCAUCCGCCUCGCUGUUCUGUCUGUUACUGACUGUUGGAGGACUUUAACAUGCUCGAUCUUUCACAUGAAAAAGUAGCAGUUCUCGACUGAUCGAUCUCUCGAAAUCUAUUCAGGCAAUCGACUUGUUUGAAAUGGCAGAUUAUAGUGAAAAAUGUGUGGAAGAUUGUUCAUUUGAUUACAGUGAUGAUAAACAAAAAGGUGUCUGCUUAAUUAAAGAAGAGUUUAUUAUAGAAGAUCAUGUAAGACUUCUAAGUGAAAAAUGUUUGACUGAGACUGACAAGCAGAAAGUAUCAAAUAAUACAACUAAUUUAAGUGAGGAUGUUUCUAUAUUGGAUGAGCCUCCAACCAAAAAGCUUAAAAAUGAUGAUAAAAAAGAAAAGCUCAGGGGGCAAAACAAAGCAAGGCCACCACCAUUUAAGACACAGCGUGAACUGAAUUUAUGUCCCUGGGUAGCUGACCAAGCAGUAGAUGAGCCUGAAAGGAAAUGUGAUAAUAAUCAGUGCAUAUUUUUGCACAACAGAGUUGAAUAUUUAAAGAUUAAGCCAGAUGAUAUCACUGAUGAAUGCUAUAUCUUUGAGCUCACCGGCAGGUGUCCACGUGGUGCUGCCUGUAGGAUGGGUUCCAAACACUUGACAAAAGAAGGUUUGAAUAUUAUUGACAAGGAAAAAAUGGACGAAUUUAGGAAAAGGCCUCCUUCUACAAAAAAUCAUUUAGCUAAAGAUAUUCAGACACAAUUAAGAAAACACAAAUAUAAUUUUUCUAAAUCUGAAAAUAUUGUUAAGGCAAAUGGACCAUCUAGGAAAAAUAUAGGAACAAAAAAGGUUAAACAAGAGCCAGAGAUAGAAAAAAUUAAACAAAUUGAUGAAUCCUUGGACAGAGAUAAAUUGGAGGCAAAAGAUAGUCCAAUAUUAGAUACUUCUAUUAAUGAAUCUAAGAAUAAAGCUCCUGAGACUCAAAAUACAGAGAAGAAACUUGGCCCUAUUGAAGAUUAUGAUUUAAUAAAAUGUAGGGACUCAGAAAAGAAAAAAAUUGAUUGGAGGAAUAAGAUAUUGUUAAGCCCAUUGACAACGGUAGGCAACUUACCAUUUAGAAGAAUAUGCAAAGAAUAUGGAGCAGACAUAACUUGUGGAGAAAUGGCUCUGGCGCCAAGGAUAUUGAAAGGAGCACAUGAAGAAUGGGCUUUGGUAAAAAGACAUGAAUCCGAAGACAUUUUUGGUGUACAGCUUUGUGGAAACAACCCAGGAGUAUUAACAAGAUGUGCACAGUUGCUGAAUGAAGAAAUUGAUAUUGAUUUUAUUGAUUUGAAUCUUGGUUGUCCCAUAGAUCUAAUUUAUAGACAGGGAGGAGGCAGUGGUAUGCUGAAUCGAUUAAAUGUUCUAGAAACUGUUGUGAAAUCUGUUAAUCAGGUUAUGAAUAUACCUUUAACUGUAAAAACUAGAACAGGGGUUUACAUAGACAAACCUAUUGCACAUACUUUGAUGCCAAAAUUUCGUGAUUGGGGUGUAUCCAUGAUUACUGUUCAUGGAAGAUCACGUGAACAAAGGUAUACAAAGUUAGCUGAUUGGGAUUAUAUAGAAAAAUGCGCGAAACUAGCUGAUCCUAUUCCAGUAUUUGGAAAUGGAGACAUUUUAUCAUAUGAUGAUUAUCGAAGAGUUCAAGAUGCAUAUACUUCUAUAUAUGGCAUCACCAUAGGACGUGGGGCAUUGAUAAAGCCAUGGAUAUUCACUGAAAUAAAAGAAAAGAAGUUGAUUGAUAUAUCAAGUUCAGAAAGAUUUGAGAUCUUGAGAAAAUAUUCUAAAUAUGGCCUUGAACAUUGGGGCUCGGACACUCGUGGCGUCGAGACAACAAGGAGGUUUAUGUUGGAGUGGAUAUCUUUCUUGCAUAGGUAUAUUCCUGUUGGAAUAUUAGAGAAACCACCACAAAGGAUUAAUGAAAGACCUCCAUUUUAUAGAGGCCGUGAUGAUAUGGAAACGCUAAUGGCCAGUUCAAAUUGUGCAGACUGGAUUAAAUUAUCAGAAAUGUUACUAGGAAAAGUGCCUGAAGGAUUUCAUUUUUUGCCAAAACACAAGGCGAACUCGUGGAAAUAAUAAAUGUGUCACGUAAACAAAAUAGUUUUAUAUCAUAAUAUUUUUCCUUCCUAUUUUUAAUAUACGUUUACCACAUAGAAUAAAUUCUAGGUAAAAGAACAAAAAAAUCGUUUUUAUUUUGUUAAGCACUUAUAGCUACAUAAAAAGAAAACAAUGAAAUAAACAACUUUAACUAACAAAUAAUAUAGAUCACAAAUUUAGAUAUAAUUCAUAAUAUACAUAAUGAUUCUAUCUUCUGCACCACUGCAAAGUGAUCAAUGGAUUGAAAUGUGAUGCCAAAUGAAUUUAUCUUUCCAUUCCUUGAUCGUUAACCUUCCUGCUUCACCUAUGGACUACACAUAGACUAUUGCAGACUAGUAAUGAUUAGUUAUAUCUCCUAGGAUAGAUUUUGGCCACAUGCAAUCACAACCACUGGCAAUCUGCUUGAUGAAAGGUUCCCAACAUUCGUUCUCCCAUCGCCGCCUUACCAAUAACAAGUUUUUACUUCUUUGCACGCAAUGAAAGCCAUUAUGCACGCAUUUCUGAAAUAAAUAUACUUCACUUAAUACAAGAACAGAAACAAGAGAUCUUCAGCUUCUACAGAGAUCUUCCAAGGCUGGUCAUUGGCAAAGAUUCCAGACUUUCUCUAUUCGAGGGACACCUAAAUUACUAACUACAGUACUUUAUUCAAUGGAAGUUUACAUAUACUCUAAAUUUGAGUAAACUUCGUGAUAAAGAGGCGGUUGGUACUCGUAUUCAGAAUCAUCUAGCCGCACUGUUUCCGUUACAGUUUCACAUAGACUAUGAUAGUCCUAUAGACAAAGUACAAAAUGUUAGACUUCGCUUUCCAUUUAUUUCUCUUUGUUGAGUACAGUAUGACUGACAGGCAAUGAAUUUCUAUUGUCCCUAUUAAGGGGCUGUUGCUGCCCGUUCUCAAGCUUUUCGAUAUAUUCUUCUUCAGGUAGAUAGAAGAGGUCCCGCCCCAGGGGAGGAUGAUAUCUAGGAUCAUGAUACUGUGUGACAUCCAGUUUCUUUAAUUCCUGAAAACUUCUGUUGCACUUCUUGUAGAGAUCGAGGGGAGGUCGUCAGCUCGGACCGCUAUCAAGCGUAUUCUCCACGCGGUGGCACGUCGCUGUGUAGUAGGUAGUUAUCCAAUUGACAGUGCCCCCGUCUGACAUAGUUCAGUCGACGACAAACUCAGGACGAUCCGACUGCAACUCUGCCAGCAGUGACGUUUUUGCUACUCCACGUUCCGGUAUCCAGCGAAUUGCGUCCUUCCAACGUGUGCUUCUUCCAACUUAUCUCAAUACC